AGAAAUUAUCAUUUUAAACAUUCAUUUAUCACAAAACUCCUUAGACAACAAACAUAAAAGAUGAAGCUAGUCAUUUUAAUUUCGUUAAUUUUUAGUUUUUCAAAAUGUUACAACUCUGUAGUUGUAUACUCAGGAGUAGAUCAACAGACCCAAGCGGUAACGAAUCGGCUGCAAAGAAUCAUGAGUAAUCCAGGAAUAAACACAGAGAGUAAACGUUAUCUUGAGGCUGCAUUAGGGAAUAUAAACAAUGGAGUAGUAACUGCUUUAGAAAGGAACAUGGCCCACCCAACUGAACACCCCAAUGGAGCAAGAGGUCGACGUAGUGUUCCAUUGCAUGCGACUGAAUGCUGUUGUAAGGUUGCUGUCCCUCCCCUUCGUACUCAAAAACAUCGUACAGUCACCAGAUGGCGUGAUGCAUACAGGCGUGUUCGAGACGGCAGUUCAAAAUGUGGUUUCUGGGGAUGGAAGCGGUGCACUAGAUGGCGCAAUGAACAUUAUCGUAUCUCCUACAGCCAUACUGAACCAUAUUUUGUCUACACUCCUCGUUCAUGCCCAAGGGACAAAGAAGUCUGUUGCAGAGGGUUCAUGCCUCAUAAAAGAUGCUGUACAAAUGUUCUAGAAAUGAUUCGGCUGUUGGAUUUAUUUGAGAGUCAGCGUGCACAAUUCGAGAACAAUAUGAAGAAGUUCUUGGUAUCUCAUGGCCACAAUCCUAAUGGGCAAUGCCCUAAAUCAUGUGGACCUUAACUACCUUAGGCUCAUACAAUUAAUUGUCUGUUUAGCUUACCAAAUCACCUGAUCUGAAAUAAUCUGAAUUCUUCCACAACUCAAACCUUCUCUGUAAACUUUUUUGCAUAACCAGAUCAUCUGAAACUUUUCUCCUAACAAUGUUAGUUUUUUAAUUAUUCUCCCAUUUUUGCUGCAAAAUAUAAAAAUCCUGGUCAGCAGGUCUUUUCCAAUAAUAAUUCUUGCUAAACAGACAAUUAACAGUCGUGGCCCUAAAGAUAUAUUAGCCAUGUACACAUACAAUAUAUAGCAGUAAGGACUCUUAGCGACAUUCUUAAAU